UGUCCAGUUAUAGCCCAGUGUUGUCUCCAAACAUUUUGCGAAGACUGUAUCAACAAUUGGCUGUCGACUAACAAUACCUGUCCGUAUGAUAGAAAAACACUUACUAAGGAUGCAUUAACCCGACCACCCAGAGUUAUGGUUAAUAUGUUGGGAAAACUUCAAAUCAAAUGUGAUUUCCGGGAUAACGGUUGUACUGAAGUAAUAAUAUUAGAGUAUCUGACAAAUCAUUUAAGCAAUUGUCGAUACAAUCCAUUAAACAAUCAAAGAGAAGAGUCUUUGUUAAGAAAAAUCAAUGAAUUAGAGGCCGAAAGAGAAAACUUAUUAAAAACAAUUCAAGAUUUAAUAAACAGUCAACAAUUGACUACAAGUUUGAGUAAUGUUCGGCUAACCACAAAUACAGUUAGCGUACCAUCGGUAUCAUCACCGCAAUCAAUUGACUUAUCGGAUAGCUUUAUCUAUAUAUGCGGUGGAUAUGAUGGGACAUCACGAUUGUCUGUAUGUUAUAAAUAUAAUACACAAACAAGUGUUUGGCAAUCAAUAAAAUCCAUGUCCACUAUAAGGACUAACUUUAGUUUGAUUUCAAUGAAUUCAAAAUUGUAUGCAAUCGGCGGUUGGAAUGGUAAAAACAAAUUGAAUAGUGUUGAAACAUAUGAUACACAAACAAAUCAAUGGAAAUCAAUUGUAUCGAUGAAUAUAAUUCGAAGUUAUCAUGAUGCAACUGUAUUAGAAAAUACAAUAUAUGUAUGUGGUGGUUACAAUGACAAUACUAUAAAAUCAUGUGAAUAUUAUUCGCAAAAUAAUAAAGAGUGGUCUUUUGUAACACCAAUGAGUCACAAAAGGAAUGGUCUGGCACUGGUAGCACACAAUGGGUUUAUAUAUGCUAUCGGAGGGUAUAAUAGUGGGGCAUUAAAUACAAUGGAAAGAUAUGAUACAAAAACACAACAAUGGCAACUAAUGGCUAAUAUGACAAAUAAUAGAUUUUAUUUUGGUUCAGCAUCAUUUAUGGGCAAAAUAUAUGUUUGCGGCGGUUAUGAUAAUAGUGUUUUGAAAUCAUGCGAAACAUAUGAUCCAAAAACAAAUCAAUGGACACCAAUUGCAUCAAUGCUUUUGGAAAGAUAUGCAUUUAAAUUGAUUGCAUUUAAUGAUAAAUUAUAUGCAUUGGGUGGAAAUACAAAGGACAAGAAACCAACAGAUUCGGUUGAAAUAUAUGAUUAUAAAGCAAAUCAAUGGUAUUAUACGACAUCAUUGCCAAUAAAAGUCGCAUACUUUGGGUGUUGUCGACAAACAUUUUGCGAAGACUGUAUCAACAAUUGGCUGUCAACUAACAAUACCUGUCCGUAUGAUAGAAAAACACUUACAACUGAGGCAUUAACCCAACCACCCAGAAUUAUGGUUAAUAUGUUGGGAAAACUUCAAAUCAAAUGUGAUUUCCAGGAUAAGGGUUGUACUGAAGUAAUAAUAUUAGAAUAUCUGACAAAUCAUUUAAACAAUUGUCGAUACAAUCCAUCAAACAUUCAAAGAGAAGAGUCAUUGUUAAGAAAAAUUAAUGAAUUAGAGACCGAAAGGGAAAACUUUUUGAAAGCAAUUCAAGACUUAAUAAAUAGAAAACAAUUGACUACAAGUUUGAGUAAUCUUCGGCUUACCACAAAUACAGUAAACUUACCAUUGGUAUCAUCUCAGAAAACAAUUGAUUUAUCGGAUAGUUUUAUCUAUAUAUGCGGUGGAAAUGAUGGGACAUCUGUAUUGUCUGAAUGUUAUAAAUAUAAUACACACACAAGUGUUUGGCAAUCAGUAAAAUCAAUGUCUACUCCGAGGCAUUAUUUUAGUUUGAUUUCAAUGGAUUCAAAAUUGUAUGCAAUCGGCGGCAGUAAUAAUGAAAACAAAUUGAAUAGCAUUGAAACAUAUGAUACACAAACAUAUCAAUGGAAAUCAAUUGCAUCCAUGAAUAUAAUACGCAGUCAGCAUGAUGCAACUGUAUUAGAAAAUAAUUUAUAUGUAUGUGGUGGUUUUGAUAAGGAUAAUAUAAAUGUUAUAAAAUCAUGUGAAUAUUAUUCGCCAAAUAAUACUAAUGAGUGGUCUUUUACAACACCAAUGGCUACGGAAAGAAGUAAUCUGGAACUGGUAGCACACGAAGGGUUUAUAUAUGCUAUCGGAGGUAAUAAUUUAAAAUCAUGUUUUAAUACAAUGGAAAGAUAUGAUACAACUACACAACAAUGGCAACCAAUGGCUAAUAUGAAAUAUAAAAGACGUAGUUUUGGUUCAGCAUCAUUUAUGGAUAAAAUAUAUGUUUGCGGCGGUGAUAGUUAUAAUAAUGGGAAAUCGUGUGAGACAUAUGAUCCAAAAACAAAUCAAUGGACACAAAUUGCGCCAAUGCUUUUAGAAAGAAGUAGAUUUAAAAUGAUUGCAUUUAAUGAUAAAUUAUAUGCAUUGGGUGGACGAACAAAAGACUAUGAACCAACCGAAACGGUUGAAGUAUAUGAUUAUAAAGCAAAUCAAUGGUAUUAUACGACAUCAUUGCCAAUAAAAGUUUUAGGCUUUGGGGUAAAAUAUUUAAUAAUUUGUUAA